UGCAUAAUCACUUCUUAUUUCGAUUGAGUAAGUUCUUUCCCAGAUUUUUCCAAAUUUUUUAUUGAUUACGCAUUAUGUUUGGCGGUAACGAUGAUGUAGAUACUUUCUACGAUUGCCGAAGUGACGAAGAGGGUUCGCCGGAAUUGGUUGUGGGUGGUGGUGAUGAAGUUAUCUGCAAACAGGCUCCCCGAUUUGAUGAUCCCGUGGAGAUUCGGGCCGUGCUGGAACGAGCAGCCAUUGCCACACAGCGGCUUUUAAGGUGCUAUGGCGGCACCGAUUAUUGCGUGCCCCCUCGUCCAACGAUGACCCGGUUCUACCCGGCCACCCUGGAGGUCAGUGCCCGUCUCCACACCGAUGACAAGUGUCCGUGUCCCAAGGACAGGCAAUGCAAGUUGAUUGGCGACCCGGUGACCCUCAAGCUUCCCAUCGAACUGAAUCCGGAGAGCGGCCAGGUCAAGGUGAACAUCUUCCAGCCGAAGUCAAUUGGCACCUUCUGCGGCUGCAAUGAACCCAAAAAUCAGAGCAGACCCAAGAGCAGGAGGUCCAGUGUGCGAUGGAGCACCCAGGAGCAGGUUUGCUCCAAUGGCCAGGAGCCGAAUCAAAGCGAAUCAAAGUGAAUUCAACUGAUUGCAACUACCAUUCCAUGUCCUCAAAGUGAUUGCUUCUCUUGAAAAUUUAUUACCCAUUAAAUUGAACAAUGUUUAGUAAAAAUUUUUGGGUUUUUUUCUACAACAUUAGGCAGUUUUGCCAUUUUGGUCAUAUUUUAGAAAUUACUUUUGUAUAAGACCAAUUAGCGAACUGCCAGAAAUUAAAUCAAAACUAGUAUUUUCGACAAAAGUUAUUGAAGAGAUUGUCAAAAUGUGGAGUGCAAUAGCUCGUUGGGCUCGUAAUAAAAUUGUCAAUCCAAAAGCCGGAAAACUUUUGUAUUUCAAUUAAUUUUCGAAAAAAUAAUGACUUAAAAAAAAGCAAAACCUUAAAAAAUAAAUGGUUUAGGAAUCGCUUGGAUGACACUAGCUGUAUGAAAGUAUGUGUCGUUGGGCAGUGAGUCCUAUUUAUAGCCAUUUUACAAUUAGUUCGUAUUUUAGUGAAAAUAAAAUGCUAGAUUUAACAUUUUAAAAGAAACCUCGCAAUGUUAAUUUCCUAUUGUAAAUACUUAAAAAUCAUAAGUCAAAAAUGUUUUUUAAGUGAAAUCAUAGGAGCUGCUUGUCAUACCAAAGUAAACCAAUCCCAAAUGUCACCUUUUCGGUCCGUCUGGAUUUAGUAAUUUAGGCCCACUCGAGCAGGCAAUACACAAUUAAAAAUUGAGAGUU